AUGUUCGACCUGUCUUUACCAAAAUUCAAACUAGGAUCUGAAGUGACUUUAAACUCGGCUCUACAAGAACUAGGCAUUAAGCAACUGUUCGGAUCCGCUGAUCUUUCUGGUAUUACUGGACAACAGGGAUUAAAUGUAGAUUCGGUUAUCCAAAAGGCUGUAUUGGAAGUGACCGAGAAAGGAACGAAGGCAGCUGCUGUAACAGGGAUCGCUAUUGUCGAGAUGGCCUUCUCUCUGAAGACUGUAACCGUCAACCAUCCAUUCAUGUUCGUUCUACGUGACAUGAAGACCAAAACUAACCUCUUCCUGGGCAGAUACACCGAUCCACGAUCUACAUAG